CGGUCCUACCCACACUUCCUCCUCUGCACGCUCUCUCUGAACCUAUUUGCAAGCAGCCAAGCAAGCAAUAAAAACCUUCAUUUCUCCGUCCUCUGUUCCUCACUCUCCGUCGUCUUCAUUUCCAACCCCAUUCUUUCUCUCUCUCUUUAUUUUCUCUCUGGAAACCCUAACCCUAACUUUACGCCCCAUAUUUAAACUUCAGUGCCGAGCUGCUUUUUGACCGCCGGCAGCCAUAACUGUCCCCUUGUUCUCCGUUCCUCGAAGAACUCUCACAUCUGCAACGCAUGUUCAGAUUUUUCCCCUUGUACAAAAAUACAUUUUGAGGUGACAUUUGUUGUCUUAGACUACUCUGCUUUUGGAGACCGGGUCUGAUCCGAUUCGUCUACAGUCGUAGUCCACCAACUCUCUCUUUUCACUCGUGUUUUGAAUGAUUUCUGGCGGAGUAGAGAAGCAACCUCUUCCAUAUAAUCACCUUCUCAACUGAUUGGUUCUUAUGCUUCCGCGGCACUGAUUUUCAGAGCAAUGCGCUAUCGAAUCCUUACGCAUCUCAUCUCCCCUGAUUUCUUUUAAGUAAAUUGCUUCGAUUUGCAAGCUGAAGUUGGCGUUUUGAUUGUCAUCGGCAAGGAUGAUGUAUCCGGAGCAAGCUCAGGGGAAGCCUCCAACAGCACCAACGGCGGCUCCAAAGGUGACAUUCGGCCGGCGAACGCCCUCUGGGAGGUACAUCAGUUACUCGCGUGAGGACCUCGAGAGCGAGCUUGGCAGCGUGGACUUCAACAACUACCACGUACAGUUCCCGAUGACGCCGGACAACCAGCCCAUGGAGGUAGUCCCGGUCGACCCUUUCGUCUCCGCCAAGGCCGAGGAGCACUACGUCUCGAGUUCUCUCUUCACCGGCGGGUUUAACAGCGUCACACGCGCCCAUAUGAUGGACAAGGUCACGGAUACCAACCUGAGUCGGUCGGCGGCCGCCAAGGCGUCGACUUGCGCCGUGGAAGGGUGUGAUGGGAAGGUGAUGUGCGACGAGCGCGGGGAGGAGAUGCUUCCCUGCGAGUGCGAGUUCAAGAUCUGCCGGGAUUGCUUCGAUGACGCGGUGAAGAACGGGGGGAAGCUGUGUCCCGGUUGUAAGGAACCUUAUAAGGCUACUGAUGUGGAGGAGGUGGCGAGGAUCGCCAAGGAGAGGAAGGCGAUCACGGUGCCAAGGAUAUCGGCUUCAAAAGCCGGGGCGAGGAUGGAGAGGAGGCUGUCGAUGAUGAGAUCCAUGAAAGGAGGAACCAGUGAAUUUGAGCACAAUCGGUGGUUGUUCGAGACGAAGGGAACUUACGGGUAUGGAAACGCGAUUUGGCCAGAGGAAGAUGAGGUAGGCCACGACGGUGGCGGCGAUGACAGGCAUGCUAAAGAUUUUGUGAGCAAGCCGUGGCGGCCGCUGACUAGAAAGCUUAAGAUUCCGGCGGCCAUCCUUAGUCCUUACAGGCUGCUAAUUUUCAUCCGCAUGGUGGUACUGGUUCUUUUUCUGGCUUGGAGAAUCAAGCACAAGAAUCCUGAUGCUAUCUGGCUAUGGGGUAUGUCUGUAGUUUGCGAGCUAUGGUUCGCAUUCUCAUGGCUUCUCGAUCAACUCCCCAAGCUCUCUCCAGUGAACCGUGCCACGGACCUAUCUGUCCUCAAGGAUAAGUUUGAGAUACCCACUCCUACAAAUCCCACCGGAAAGUCCGACCUCCCCGGUGUAGACAUCUUUGUCUCCACCGCUGACCCAGAGAAGGAGCCGCCCCUCGUCACCGCCAACACAAUCCUUUCCAUCCUCGCCGCAGAAUACCCAGUGGAGAAGCUCGCUUGCUACGUCUCUGAUGAUGGCGGUGCUCUCCUCACAUUCGAAGCCAUGGCGGAGGCCGCAUCUUUUGCCUCUGUUUGGGUUCCCUUCUGUCGCAAGCACCGCAUUGAGCCUCGCAACCCCGAGAGUUACUUCGCUCUUAAGCGCGACCCUUAUAAGAACAAAGUCCGCCAAGACUUUGUUCGCGACCGCCGUCGCGUCAAACGAGAGUAUGACGAGUUCAAGGUUCGCAUUAAUGGCCUUCCCGACUCCAUCCGCCGCCGCUCUGAUGCUUUCCACGCUCGCGAGGAGCUGAACGCUGCCCGCCUCCACCGUGAGAACAUGGACGAGCCAAUAGUCAAGAUUCCCAAGGCUACUUGGAUGGCCGAUGGUACCCACUGGCCAGGCACCUGGACUCAACCCAACAUAGACCACUCCCGUGGCGACCACGCCGGCAUCAUCCAAGUCAUGCUCAGGCCCCCAGCUGAGGACGCUGUGUUCGGUACUCCUAUGGAUGAAUCCAUCGGCGGCGAUGGCGACGGCAUUCUCGACCUGACAGAGGUCGAUGUGCGGUUGCCCAUGCUGGUCUACGUCUCCCGUGAGAAGAGGCCAGGAUAUGACCACAACAAGAAGGCCGGCGCCAUGAAUGCUCUCGUUCGCGCCUCGGCGAUCAUGUCGAACGGACCCUUCAUACUCAACCUGGACUGCGACCACUACAUAUAUAACUCGCAAGCUUUGCGCGAAGGGAUGUGCUUUAUGAUGGACCGCGGUGGUGACCGCAUUUGCUAUGUACAGUUCCCGCAGCGAUUUGAGGGGAUUGAUCCCUCCGACCGGUACGCUAACCACAACACCGUGUUCUUCGACGUCAACAUGCGCGCACUGGACGGCCUGCAGGGUCCCGUCUAUGUUGGCACUGGGUGCCUCUUUCGUCGCAUUGCUCUCUACGGUUUUGAUCCCCCACGCGCCAAGGAUCACUCAGCCCCCGGCUGUUGCAGUUGCUGCUUUCCCCGCCCCCGCCGUGUCGCCAACGAAGACUCCUCAGCCUCCCGCGCCCUACGCAUGCCCGAGGACGACGAUGAGGAAUCAAUGGCCCUUUCCUCCUUCCCCAACAAAUUUGGCAACUCGAGCUUCCUUGUGGAUUCUAUUCCAGUGGCCGAGUUCCAGGGACGACCGCUCGCCGACCACCCGUCUGUGAAAAAUGGCCGCCCGCCUGGUGCUUUGACCAUCCCGCGCGACCCACUCGAUGCAUCUACUGUGGCGGAGGCCAUCAGCGUGGUGUCGUGUUGGUACGAGGACAAGACGGAGUGGGGAAACAGAGUAGGGUGGAUCUACGGUUCGGUCACGGAGGACGUUGUGACUGGCUACCGGAUGCACAACCGCGGUUGGCGAUCAAUCUACUGCGUCACCAAGCGCGACGCCUUCCGCGGCACCGCGCCCAUCAACCUUACUGAUCGGUUGCACCAAGUCCUCCGUUGGGCCACCGGCUCGGUGGAAAUCUUCUUCUCCCGCAACAACGCCCUGCUCGCAAGCCCAAAAAUGAAGUUUUUACAGCGCAUCGCGUACCUUAACGUUGGUAUCUAUCCCUUCACCUCUUUCUUCCUCAUCGUCUACUGUUUCCUCCCCGCCCUCUCGCUCUUCUCGGGCCAGUUCAUUGUGCAGACACUCAAUGUCACAUUCCUUGCUUAUCUCCUCGUUAUCACGGUCUGCCUAUGCCUGUUAGCCAUUCUAGAAAUCCGGUGGUCUGGGAUUGAGCUUGAGGAGUGGUGGCGAAACGAGCAGUUCUGGCUCAUAGGCGGUACAAGCGCCCACCUUGCUGCGGUGCUACAGGGUCUUCUCAAGGUUGUGGCUGGGAUUGAGAUAUCCUUCACGCUCACGUCCAAAUCUGCCGGCGAUGACAACGAUGAUGAGUUCGCCGACCUCUACGUGGUUAAAUGGACGUCACUCAUGAUCCCUCCGCUCACUAUCAUGAUGGUGAACAUGAUUGCCAUAGCGGUGGGGGUGAGCAGGACAAUCUACUCCGUGAUCCCGCAGUGGAGCCGGCUACUCGGUGGAGUGUUCUUCAGCAUUUGGGUGCUUGCUCAUCUCUACCCGUUUGCCAAAGGGUUGAUGGGCAGGAGGGGAAGGACGCCCACCAUCGUCUUCGUUUGGUCAGGCCUCAUUGCCAUCACCAUCUCUCUGCUCUGGGUCGCCAUCAAUCCCCCUUCAGCAAAUUCUCAGAUUGGCGGUUCCUUCUCUUUCCCCUGAUUUUAUUCCUUCCAUUCUGCAAAGCUUUCAACCAUUUUGAUUUUUUUUUGUUAGAGGUUUAAAUGUUCUAAAUACUUGAAUUUAUGUUGAUUAUUUUGUAGAUGGAACAAAUCUUCAUUUUAAUAGUUUUGGUUUUAUGUAA